CAGAAUCUGCUCUAAAUUACUUGAAUAAAAACACAAGUCAUCCAAAAUUAUUCUCUCAGUAGUAAACAAAUCAUCGCGCCAGAAUGAACAUCGCUAAUAUUUUCAUUCUGCUUUGUGUGCUGUUCAUUAAAGCUAAUGGACUUAAGAUUUUAGGCGUCUUACCGGUCGCUAGUAAAUCUCAUUGGGUAAUUGGUCAUGAAGUGAUCAAGUCAUUAGUUGAUGCUGGACAUGAAGCUACUGUUCUUACACCGUAUCCGCUGAAAGAUAAAAUUAGGAAUUAUGAAGAAAUUGACAUUUCGGAAAUGACAAAGUUUUUUGAUUUUGAGAAGAAAAUGGACAUGUUCAAGAUAUCAAAAUAUCCAAAAGUUUUCUCAAUUCCACUAAUUCAAAUCAGAGGAUAUCAAAUUGCUGAGAACAUGAUGCAAAUUGAAGCUGUUCAAAAUUUCAUGAAAAGGAAAGAAAAAUUCGAUGUUUGCUUUUUGGAAGUCUUUAAUCUUCAUGCACUGACUGGCCUCUUUGAUCAUUUUGAUUGCACCUAUGUGCCAUAUACAAGUUCAACUGUCAUCCAAUGGGCUGAUUUUCUAACAUCAAAUCAAUCACCAACAUCAUACGUCUCACUGCCAUUCCUUCCAUAUUCUGGGAAGAUGAAUUUCGGUCAACGAUUCUGGAACACUCUUUAUGCUCUUUUGGAAAAAACUGUUAUUCAUGUCCAUUCCCUUCCAAAGCAUAAUCAAAUCUAUAAAAAAUACUUCCCAGAUGCCAAAAAGUCAAUGCAUGAGAUGAUCUCAUGUCCAGCAUUUCUGUUUGCAAGCAGUCAUGUUAGUGUGACUGGUGGUCAGCCUUCAUUACCAAAUACAGCAGAAAUUGGUGGAAUUCAUAUCAAAAAGAGCAAGCCACUGCCGAAAGAUCUUCAGGAUUAUUUGGACAAUGCAACUGACGGUGCUGUUGUCUUUACAAUGGGUUCAAUAGUCAAGGCUAUGAAUUUUCCAGAAAAUACUCGUGAAGCUUUUGUCAGAGCAUUUGGAAGGAUUAAGCAGAAAGUUAUUUGGAAAUAUGAGAAUGAGACAUUGCGUAACAAGCCUGACAAUGUGAUGAUUAGUCCAUGGAUCCCACAACGUGACAUAAUGACACAUCCAAAUGUCAAAUUAUUUAUUAGUCAUGGUGGUUAUUUAGGCAGUAUGGAAGCUGUUUCUGAGGGAAUUCCCAUUCUUGGACUGCCUAUGUAUGGAGAUCAAGGGAGGAACAUGGCUGAUGCAAUUGCUCAAGAACGAGGCUUAAGUCUGAAUGUCCACGAUGCAACUGAAGAAGAGAUUUUCAAUGCCUUAACAGAGAUCCUCAACAAUCCAAAAUACAAGAAAAAUGCAGAAGAUGUAGCAAAAAGGUUCAAUGACCGAGUUAUGACACCACAGCAGCAAAUUGUUUAUUGGACAGAAUAUGUCGCAAGACAUAAAGGUGCUCAAUUCUUAAGAUCAGCUGGAUGUGACUUGAAUGCAAUUGAAUUUCAUUUACUCGAUGUUUAUGGCUUGAUGCUUAUCAUUCUUCUUGUGGCUAUUUACAUUGAAUUUAAGAUUUUAAAAUUCACUUUUAAGAAGUUGACAGGAAAGUCUGGAAAGAAACAGAAAACAAAUUGAGGGAGGUCAGGAUUAACCUUCAGUUUUUGUGAUGUAGUAAUGUCUGAUUAAUAAAUUCUGAAGUUUAUUUUUUAUAAUU